CUCCAAAAGAAAAAGAAAAAAGAAAAAAAGAAGACAUUUCUGAAGAAGAAACAUUCCUUUUUCUCUAUGUUUUCAAAGGGGGACAAAGCAGGGUUUUAUGAAAAUUACAAAGAGCGAGAGUUAGAAAUAUAAUACUUAAGUUUUUAAAUAAUUCGAAUAAGAGCAGAAAAGGAGUUUUAGAGUUACCAGCAAUUGGAAAUAUAGCAAGUUGUUUUGGAAAGCAGAAGCAAAAGUUUGAGCUUUUGGGAUUCCAAAGCGAAGCUCUCAAUUAGGGGGUUUUCCAAUUAUUUGAACCAACUAAUCAAGGUCGACAAGAAUUUAUGUGGUAAAAGUUCUCGGAAAGAUUCAAUUUUUAUUAGUCUUCGUGCUUGAUCCAAAAGGCAUUUCAGGGUCUGGGAAGGUUGGAGAAAAUUCCUCUGCUUUUCUUUUCCGGGUAUGAAGGAUUACGAGAUAGCAUGUUAAGAAAAUCACUUUGCUUCUUGGAAGUCGUAACCUUUGUGGCAAUAAUACAUCAUGACACUCGAGGACUUCUUUACCUUGACUGAGAUGAGUAAUGGGCUUACAGCGCCUGCUCGAGUCCAGGAGCUAGUCUCUAUCAUGCAGAAGGAAAAAGAGCGUGGUGUCAAGAAUACUAUUGAAAUAAUGAGACAUUGGACUGCUGUUGCAAGCACAAUAGCUGCAACUGAGAAUAAAGAGUGUCUUGAACUCUUUAUCCAGCUAGAUGGACUUCACUUUAUGAACAGUUGGUUAAAGGAUGCUCAGGAGUUGGAGAGUGACACAAAUGAAAAUGUAGCUGAAGAGACAAUCACUCAUUUUCUACGAGCGAUUGAAAGGCUGCAUGUCGACAAGGAGAAGUCAGUUUUCUCUGGAAUCAUGGUGAAUGUGAAGAAUCUCCUUGGCCACAAAAGUUCUAAGAUACAAGAGAGGUCUAGAGCAUUGUUUGAUAGUUGGGAGAAAGAAAAAGAUGAGGAUGCAGGUUCAAUGAGUGAUGAAAAAGAACAUUCAGGACCUUCUCUCAGGGGCGUUUCUCCUUCUGGGUCCAGAGAAGAGAAGAGCGAGGAACACAUCGGUGAGAAUAAGCUGCUGUCGUCAAGGUCCGAUGACAUCCAUCCAUCCAUAGUUAAUUACACCGAGGCAUUGGACAGAAAUUUGCAGCAUACAAUGUUGAAAGAUGGGUCUCCAAAUUCUCCGUCUUUGGCAAAAUCUGCUAGUGAAGACAAGGAAAAAUACCUGGCUUAUCAUGCAGAGUGUAGCGCCACUGCAAUUGAUACAUGCACUUCUGCAGUGGAGAGACACUGUAGUCUUGAUGAGCAGAAAGAUAUUCCUGUUUCAGAGUCUAUUAAUUGUUUAAACCACGUGCAAGAAGUCAGAAGUCCAGAGAAAUUAGACUCGGCAGUGCCUAAACCAUUAGACAUCAAAACCUUCUCUUCAGGUCCUGAUGCCAGAGAAGAGUCAAAGGCUGUCUCUGGUCAAGAUUUACAAAGACAAAAUGAUGUCAAAAAUGUAGAUGAUGAUAAAGAGAUAUUUUCUGUUGAUGAUGUAUCAGUAUUUUCUGUUGAUGAGGUAUCAGUGGCCAGUUCGAAGGGAAAAAUACCGACAGACAACAGUGUCUCUGCAAGUCAUGACAGAAGCAAUACAGUUCUUGGAGCUAAAGAAGACAGAAAGUACAACAUUGACAUGUUGCAAGAUUCUUCCAACAAACAUAAUCUGGAGCAUCCCAAAGAUUUGAGUAUUGCUUUGAUGAAAGUGGAUGUUGGUGGGGAUGAAAAAUGUGUUAGUAGUAAAAGUGAGGAUGAUCUGGAAACUGACACUGAAUUUGAAGUACCACAAAGAGGUAUUACAAUAUGUAGCGUGCUUGAAAAGAAAGGUGAUAUUGAAUUAGACUAUGGCAUCAUAGAUCCUUUAGAAGUUGCUCGACAAGUUGCAAUAGAAGUUGAGAGAGAAGUCCAAGAGAGUUGCAGUUCUUCUGAGAAAACACGGGAGAGUAAGGUUCAUGAGCCUGAUAGCCCAGAUUCUAGGAGAGCAAAUGGCUCCAAUAAGGAAAUACCAAAAGGAACACCUGUUCUGCCUGAGGUUUCACUUGCAUACUCAGAAGCUGGCCCAAUUAAUGGCACAGAGAAGGUAGAGUCCUCUCAGAUUACUGAUGCUGCUUUGGAUCUUGAAUCCAAUGACCAAAAAGGGCUGUGUCAUUUUGAUUUGAAUCUAGAGGUUAGCUCAGACGACAUAGAUCGACCAGGAAAUCCAAUCUCCACGUCCAUCUCUGUUGUUUCUGCUUCAAGGGCAGCAGCUGCUCCUGGAGUCCCUGGUCCUCCUUUGCAGUUUGAAGGGACUCUUGAUAGACUUGCCGAUCUAAUUACUGGAAAACAAGCCUCAGUAUCAUCUACUCUUCCUUCAGGGGAAUCUUCUGUUGAAGCUAGCCCAAAAAAAUUGGCAAGGCUCGAGUUAGAUCUGAACUGUGUUAGUGAGGAGGGUGAAGCACCAACAAAUUGGCGGGUGGAAAGAAGACUCUUCCCGGAUAGGGGCGAUUGGAGUCACUCUCCAUCAUCGUCGUCAUCAUCAAAACAACCAUCAUUAAGAAACUUUGAUCUAAAUGACCAGCCGACUUUUCUCCAUGAUUCUUCAGAUCUACCUUUCUUCAAGAAGCCGUCUCAGUAUACAAACACCUCUGGAGGUAUUAAUUCAGGUGAUUCUGUAGUAUCCAUCAUGGGCAUGAAGGUAGACGUCAACCAUAAAGAUCCUGUUUCUCGGUCUGUUAUGUUACCAAAUGGAAGGAUAGUGGAAAAUGCAGUUGAUCUUAGUACUGCAAGAAGUGGUUUCUUGGGAAUGGGAUCUCCAUUUCCGUAUACCCAUUCUCCUGCCACUGGAUACAAUGGCAUCACACCGGGUCUUGCCAUGCCUUUUCCCUCGGCGAUGUAUGGAUCCGGUGGUUCUAUCCCUUACAUGGUGGAUUCCCGGGGGGCACCUUUUGUGCCUCACAUUUUGGGCUCUGCUUCAGCAAUACCACCAUCCUUCUACCACCAACCAUUUGUUAUAAGCAUGACUGGUGCACCUGUUUCUAGUGGGGUGAUGCCAUCAAGGAGUNGGAGAAGUCUAGAUCUCAAUACCGGCUCAAUACUUGAGGGAGGAACUAGAAACCACAGAGGUACAAUGCAGCUUUUUGAUCAAGGACCGACCAGGUCAAUGGACGACCACUUUAGGACCACCUCAGGACCCUCAACCAGUUCAAGUAUCGGUGGGAAACGCAAAGAACCAGAUGAUGGUUGGGAACCUUUCCCUUUUAAACUUCAUCCUCCACCUUGGAAGUAGACUUAAUUUAUCUGGUUUUCCUCGCGGGCUCGGUUAACAGGCCAGUGUUUAUAGCAAUAGGUGAAUCCCAGGUAGGAGAGACUAGUGAUUUAGUGGGGGGCCAUUAUAUAGCUGAAUAAAGACUCAAUUUCUGAAUGUGAUAUGAUUCUUGACAUUACUUGGCAUAGAGAAGGUGCUAGGUUUAAUUGUCUCAAAAGUGUAAUUUUAACUUUGUUAUUUACUUAGCGUUUCAUUUAGGGUCUCUGCCAGCACAGAGAACAUGUAGCUGUAAUUUCUCAUUUACAUCAAAGAAAUUUAGAAGAAUGUUUCUUGUCUCUA